UUCCUGGCUCCUCCUUCCUCCCCACCCCUUUGAUAGACCCUUAAGUGGGCUCCAACAACUGGGCAGGGCUCACUCUGCGCUUCACCAUGGCCUACAUCGCCAAGUCCUUCUAUGAUCUUAGUGCUAUCAGCCUGGAUGGGGAGAAAGUAGAUUUCAACACGUUCCGAGGCAGGGCAGUGCUGAUCGAGAAUGUGGCAUCGCUCUGAGGCACAACCACCCGGGACUUCACCCAGCUCAAUGAGCUGCAGUGCCGCUUUCCCAGGCGCCUGGUGGUUCUCGGUUUCCCUUGCAACCAAUUCGGACAUCAGGAGAACUGUCAGAAUGAGGAGAUCCUGAACAGUCUCAAGUAUGUCCGCCCUGGGGGUGGAUACCAGCCCACCUUCACUCUUGUCCAAAAGUGUGAGGUCAAUGGGCAGAAUGAGCAUCCGGUCUUCGCCUACCUGAAGGACAAGCUCCCUUAUCCUUAUGAUGACCCAUUUUCUCUCAUGACCGAUCCUAAGCUCAUCAUGUGGAGUCCGGUGCGCCGCUCAGAUGUGUCCUGGAACUUUGAGAAGUUCCUUAUAGGGCCGGAGGGGGAGCCCUUCCGCCGCUACAGCCGUACCUUCCAAACCAUCAACAUCGAGCCUGACAUCAAGCGCCUCCUCAAAGUUGCCAUAUAGAUGUGAGCUGCUCAGCAUGCUGAUCUCCCAGUCCUCCCAGACCCUAAGCAUCCUUCCUUAGGAUUCAGCGUGCCCUCCGUGGGCAGUGCUGGAUCUAAGCUCUCUCUGUACCUCACUCCCCUUCAUUGGAGAGCUUUGCUUUUCCAUCCACCUGUUUUCUUUUUCUCUCUCAACCCUCCUGGUGUUUUAACUUGGGGCUCUAAGACUCAGGUAGGCUUUGGGCCUUCACAGAAUGAUGGCAUCUUCCUAAAUCCUAUUGGAAGAUGUCUGAAAAGCGUGAAGGGCCUGGAACUAGCCUGCUAGCUGAUGAGUCUAAUAAAGGGCAGGUGUGGAAA